AUGUCCGCCCGCCCGAACAAAACGCGGCCAAUCCGACGGCCCAUUGUGAGCCGUGAUACUGCCGAUUUCGACGUCUGUUGGGAGACUUUGCGCAAUGCGAUCACGGACAUCCAUAACAAAAACUCGAGCCAGCUCUCCUUCGAGAGCUUAUACCGCGCAUCCUACAAGAUCGUGAUCAAAAAGCAGGGGCAGCGGCUCUACGAAAAGGUCAAGGAACUAGAGGAGGAAUGGUUUCGGGUCAACGUCCUGCCCCGAGUGGCUGAGCUUGUCAACAACAACCUCCUGAGCGUUGCCCUAGUGCGCAUGCCUGGCCGCAGUAACAAUGAGCGCCGCGAGAUGGGAGAGAAGGUCCUACGUGGUAUCCAUCGUGAAUGGGAGGAUCAUAACGUCUCCAUGAACAUGGUUGCGGAUAUUUUGAUGUAUCUGGAACGCACCUACACGGCGGAAGCGAAGCAGCCUUCCAUCUUUGCUGUCACGAUUGGCCUCUUCAGGGAUCACAUUUUGCGGAAUACUCUCUCCAAUGAGGCAUUGCUACCAGGGCAGACGUUUGAUAUUUUCGAAGUUAUCAUCCAGAUCCUCUUAGACUUCAUACAUAUGGAGAGAGAAGGCGAUGUGGUCGAUCGCAAUCUGAUGCGCCAGAUCACCGCAAUGCUAGAAGAUCUGUAUGAAACAGAUGACGAGCUUACGAACGCUAAGCUUUACCUGACCGUGUUCGAGCCGCGCUUCCUGAGGGCCAGUCGCGACUUUUACAGGAGCGAGUGCGAGAAGCUUUUGCGGGAAGGAGACGCAAGGGCUUGGCUCCGACACACUCAACGACGUCUCCGGGAAGAGUUAGAGCGGUGUACGACAUCGCUCUCUACCCUCACCACCGAGAACAUCACACGAGUCGUUGAGCAGGAGCUUAUUUCAGCAAAGCUCGACGAAUUUCUUGCCCUCGAGGGCAGUGGGAUGAAGGCAAUGAUCGACGAUGAUCGCUACGAGGAUCUUGAAAUCCUCUACGAUCUUGUCUCGAGGGUAGACAAGACAAAGAAUGCGCUCAAAGGCAUUCUCCAGAAACGAGUGAUGGAUCUUGGUCUCGAGAUCGAGAAAACGCUCAAAAACACCGACUUCUCUGUGCCCGCCGCUGGCGCUAGUGCCGAUGGAGAGGAGGCGGCUGAGGGCGGUGACAAAGCAAAGGCCCAGCCCCUGAACGCUGCAGCUCAACAAACAGCUGCGGCGAUCAAGUGGGUUGAUGACGUUCUCCGGUUGAAGGACAAGUUCGAUACAAUAUUGUCACGAUGCUUCAAGGACGAUCUAAUUCUGCAGUCAGCCAUAACGAAGAGUUUUUCCGACUUUAUUAACAUGUUUAGUAGAAGUUCGGAAUACGUCUCACUAUUCAUCGACGACAACCUCAAACGCGGUCUCAAGGGCAAGUCGGAAGAGGAAGUCGAGACGGUGUUGCAGAAAGCGAUCGUUCUCCUUCGAUAUCUCUCAGACAAGGACAUGUUCGAGAGGUACUACCAGAAGCAUCUUGCUCGGAGGUUAUUGCACAACAAAUCCGAGAUGCAUACGGAGAAGGAGCUUGUCCGCCGAAUGAGGACAGAAAUGGGCAAUCACUUCACCCAAAAGUUUGAGGGCAUGUUUAAGGAUAUGGAGUUGUCUAAGGACUUGUCCCAAAGCUACAGAGAUCAUGUCCGUAAUCUUGGGGACACGGAAACGAAGACUAUCGAGCUGGGCAUCCAUGUGCUCACUAGCAACAACUGGCCACCAGAGGUCAUGGGCCGUAAUGCGACCCAAACCGGGGAAGGAACCAGGGCGGAUUGCAUCUACCCUCCCGAAAUCAAGCGUCUACAGGAGAGCUUCUACAAGUUCUACCUGAAGGACCGCAGCGGUCGCGUGCUGACUUGGGUCGGUACUGCUGGCACUGCGGACAUUAAAUGCAUCUUCCCCAAGAUCCCUGGGAAGGAGAACGGUCCUCUCAGCAAGGAACGCCGCUACGAGCUCAACGUCUCCACCUAUGGCAUGGUUGUACUCAUGCUGUUCAACGACCUUGCCGACGGAGAGUGGCUUACGUUCGAGGAGAUCCAAACCAAGACAAAUAUCCCCCAGCAGGAUCUUAUCCGGACGUUGAGCUCCCUCUCGAUCCCGUCCAAGUCCCGAGUCCUCCUAAAAGAGCCAUUGACAAAGAGUGUUAAGACGACCGACAAGUUUGCCUUCAAUGCGCAGUUUGUUUCAAAAACGAUCAAGAUCAAGGCCCCAGUGGUGAGCAGCACAAACAAGGUUGAGGGUGACGAGGAGAGGAAAGAGACGGAGAGGAAGAAUGACCAGACCCGCGCGCACGUGGUUGAUGCGGCCAUCGUGCGGAUUAUGAAACAACGCAAGGAACUCACCCACACACAGCUCACCACCGAAGUCAUCGCCCAGCUUGCUGGCCGCUUCAAACCGGAUAUUUCCAUGAUCAAGAAACGUAUCGAGGACUUGCUUAUUAGGGAGUACAUCGAGCGUAUUGAUGGGGAGACUGCCGCGUACCGGUAUUUGGCUUGA